AACUAAUAUUACUACUCCAACUUAAUUGAUUUGAUUCGACAAUGGAUGAGGUGCUACCAGGUUUUAGGUUCUAUCCCACCGAAGAGGAACUGAUAUCAUUCUAUCUCCAUCACAAGCUCAGAGGCACGAGAUUGGAGGACAUCGACACCCUCAUCCCUCUCCUCGACAUUUACCAAUACAAUCCAUGGGAUCUUCCACAAGUAGGUAGUGCGGAGAGCGAGCAGUGGUUCUUCUUCAGUCGGCAGCAAGAAAGGGAAGCGCGCGGGGGAAGGCCGAACCGCCUCACGGCCGAGGGCUACUGGAAGGCGACAGGCUCCCCCGGCGACGUCUACUCUUCGCAGAAUUGUGUGAUCGGCCGGAAAAGAACCAUGGUUUACUACGUUGGGAGGGCUCCAAACGGGACCAAAACCCCUUGGAAAAUGAACGAGUACAAGGCUGUUCAUUCUCCUCCAAAUCCUCAGUUAAGGGAAGAGUUGAGCAUUUGCCGAAUAUACAAGAAGGCAAGAAACAUCACGGAAUUCAACCGGCGGCCGCCUCUCCGUGAACAAGACACAGCCGUGCCGCUCAUCAACCAUCCAUCACCAGCUGAGAGUUCGAUGGCCAACGUUGUUAAUCCGGGAUUUCAUCAUCAAUCACUGCAAAAUGAAAAUGAAAACGAAAACUAAAAUGAUAGGGAUAGUGAAUCCUAUUGGUAAUCAAAAUAGUAUGAUAUAUGUAUACAUGUAAUUUUACACAAGAGGAAGCGCAACAUCACCAGCCAACAAGCAACAACUCAACGCAGCCACUUAUCUUGGAGAUUAUACUAUCUCAGACAGUAUCUUAUUUAAUUUAGUACUAGUAUAUUAAUGUUAUUGAGUCGAGUAUAUUAUUAUAAACGCCUUCACAGGUUAUCUUUGUCGGUUCUUUCCAAGUCAAGAGUUA